AUGUCCGCAACAUCAACCCACACACUGGCAGACCCAUCCAUGCUCGCCAAAAUCGACAAGCUCUUCGCCUGUAACGUGGGGCAUUACAUCGACCUCCCCCAGAUCGUCGUCGUCGGCGACCAGUCAAGCGGCAAGUCAUCCGUCCUGGAAGGGCUGACCCGUCUCCCCUUUCCACGCGACAGCGGGCUGUGCACGCGUUUCGCGACCCAGAUUACGUUCCGACGCGCCACGGUCAAAUCGAUUUCGGUGUCGGUCAUACCCGGCAAGGAUGCCCCGCCCGACCACGUCGAUGCCCUGCGCGGCUGGAAGCGAGCGGACGUCGAUAACCUGGGCGGAGAACAAUUCGCACAGAUCAUGCGUGAGGCUCAGCAGUUGAUGGGGAUCAUGCCGCGCAGCGAUGACAACGGCAAUAAGGAGAGCAUGCCGACCAGGGCGCGCAAGACCUUCUCCUCCGACGUGUUAUCUAUCCAGGUAUCGGGCCCGGAUGAAGAACAUCUCACAGUCAUUGAUGUUCCUGGAAUCUUCCAACGGGUGACCAAGGACGUGACUACGAAAGAAGACAAGGAGUUCGUCCGAGAGAUGGUUGCAGGGUACAUGAGAAAUCCUCGAUCUAUCAUGCUGACGGUCGUGCCGGCAAAUGUUGACGUCGCUACCCAGGUGAAGGUCGAGAUCAACAAGAAGCUCAAGAAGAGCAGGGCGGAACUUGAAGCCCUGGGAUCAAAACGCGACACGCCGGCUGAACAAUCGAGAUUCCUCAUCGACAUGGCCGACAAAUUCCAGAACAUUGUUGGCAAGGCUCUGGCUGCGAGAUAUUCCGACGAGUGUUUCGCGGAACACCCGGAGCUCAAGAUUGCGACACUAGUCGUUCAGCGCGAUGAGGUUUUCUCGAAAGAUUUUGCAACCCAUGGCCACACUUACAGGUUCAAGGACUUUUGGGACGAUGAUGAGAAAGAGGCGGACGCUGUCUCUUGCUUCACACAGGACGAUGACGAUAUUGACUCGACUAACCACAUCGAAAAUGGAUGUAAUGGGGCGGACGGGCAGCUGAAGAACAUCUUCACGAGACAUUUCGAAGAUGCCGGAGAUCUCGUCGAUAUUCUUCAUCCGACAAAAGCCAUUGUCCAGCCGAAGGCCCGCGGUAUCUUAGACUGGAUCACAGAUCUCUAUGAAGACUCACGUGGGUUUGAGCUUGGGCAAUUUGAUCCAUCGCUACUUGCGACGUUGCUGAAAGCACAGACCAAAAAUUGGCAAGGCUUAGCUCUUGGAUACACCUCUGAUGUUGUCGCUCUGACUCAUACUUUCAUCCAAACCCUCCUCGAGUACAUCUGUCCCGGACCCGGCACUUACCAGAAUCUUAACUCCAUGAUCAUGGACCACCUGAUGGAUCGGUAUCAGAAGGCAUUGAACGAGGUGGAGUUCAUUCUCGUUGUCGAGCGGUUUGGAACACCAGCAACGCAGAACCACUACUUCAAUGAAAACUUACAGCAGUGCCGACAAGACCGCGACUUGAAGGCAGCGUGUGACAAGGCCUUCUACUCUUCAGAAGCCAAGCAGCGUGUGGUCAGGGUGAACGACCUCAAAUCUUCUCGUUCAAUGAGCAACAAAGAGCACACCGUUCGGGAUCUCCAUGACAUCCUUGCAUCCUACUAUAAAGUAGCGCGAAAGCGGAUUGUUGAUAACAUUUGCAUGCAGGCUGCGUCCUAUCACCUGGUGACUGGCCCAGAUACACCACUCAAGGUUUUCUCUCCGGGAUUUGUCAGCCAGCUCUCUGAUGAGCAACUGGAGGAAAUCGCCGGUGAGGAUGCCCUAGUGAGAGGGACACGAGCGCGGCUUCUGAAGGAGGUAGAAGACCUCCAGAGUGGGAAAAGGAUUUUGGGAUAG